UCGGUGCGGGUGCCCGCGAUCAGCUGCACGCAUCGAUCUCGGUGCUCGCUGUGCGGAUCAUUCAUGUUGUGACCGCUAAUCGUAUUGACAGCGGGUCGCAAUGAAGCACGCGCUUGACAUCGCAGUGCUCGUCCGGCAGUCUUAGUCGCAUCUCGCGCCGGUAAGGUCGCUUUCGGAAUCCGACCUCGACCUCGCGUAACCGUUGUCAGUGGAUAUUUGUUGUGAUCAAUAUUGAAACAUUACCCGGAAGGUUUAAGUAAGCGUCUUUAAUCAACGCGUAAAUACAUUCUGUGACUUACUCAUCAUUGUCCUGGUUGUUUACAAACUGCCAUCGGUGUUAUGUCGCUGAUAAGUGUUAGGUCUGUUACGGAAUUUUUCUUAUUUUGCCUUUCGAACACUUUGGAACAAUUAUCGUUUAGUUUUGAUAAAAAUAGCGCCCUCGAUUGAUGAGUUGUGAUUGAAAACCGAUAACAGUUGAAGUUACCUUCGCGGUGUGCGGGGUUUAUAAAAUGCCGGUGCUGGGCUACGAGAUAAUGACGUCUCAAGAAAUUUGCCCGAUGGGAUACAGUGCUGCGUCGGAGUACAUGGUCCCGGCCCACGUGUGGGAGAAGCAGCACAACGCUCCCUACAGCGACUUCCAGUCCAGAAGCGGAGGAGCAGACCACCGCGGGAUCAACGUGACAUACAACAGCGAAGAUAGUGAUAUGCAGCUGGAGACGAGCAGUAGCGAGGCAAGCGCAGCCAGUUCCACGACCAUAUCCCAGCAUUGCGCCAUCUGCGGGGACAGGGCGACGGGCAAGCAUUACGGUGCCUCGUCCUGUGACGGAUGCAAAGGAUUCUUCAGACGGAGCGUGAGGAAGAACCAUUUGUAUACAUGCCGUUUCAGCAGGAACUGUGUAGUCGACAAAGACAAAAGGAACCAAUGCAGAUAUUGUAGAUUAAGGAAGUGCUUCAAAGCCGGCAUGAAAAAAGAAGCUGUUCAAAACGAAAGGGACAGGAUCAACUGCAGGCGACCUUCUUACGAAGAACCGACGCAGGCCAACGGUCUAUCUGUUGUAUCGCUCCUCAACGCUGAACUCCUGAGUAGAAAAGUCAUUGACGAGACUGUAAACGUGAGCGACGCCGAAAUAAACAAUAGGAAGCUAGCAAAGAUCAACGAUGUAUGCGAUUCGAUAAAACAGCAACUACUCAUAUUGGUGGAGUGGGCUAAAUACAUACCCGCCUUCACGGAGCUACACCUCGACGAUCAGGUGGCGUUGCUGCGUGCUCACGCCGGCGAGCACCUGCUGCUGGGCUGCGCGCGUCGCUCGCUGCACCUCAAGGACAUACUGCUGCUCGGGAACAACUGCAUCAUCACGAAGCACAACAUCGAUGGUCGUAUGGACAUUGACAUUAGCAUGAUAGGCAUGCGCGUCAUGGACGAGAUAGUGAAGCCGCUGCGAGAGAUUGACAUAGACGACACUGAAUUCGCAUGUUUGAAAGCUAUCGUCUUCUUCGAUCCAAACGCGAAAGGCCUGUCCCAGCCGCAGAAGAUCAAGCAGCUCCGCUACCAGAUCCAGAUCAACCUGGAGGACUACAUAAGCGACCGGCAGUACGACGGGCGCGGGCGGUUCGGGGAGCUGCUGCUGUGCCUGCCGCCGCUGCAGAGCAUCACGUGGCAGAUGAUCGAGCAGAUCCAGUUCGCGAAGCUGUUCGGGGUCGCGCACGUCGACAGCCUGCUGCAGGAGAUGCUGCUCGGCGGGGCCACAACAGAAGCCGUCCUGGAGGAGCCGUCCCCGGAGCCGGCGGCCGCAUCCCCCUCUCCGCCGCUAGUGCCGCUGGUGCCGCUAGUGCCGCAACUGCCGCAGCUGCCGGGCAACGACUCCGCCUUCCUCGAACCGAUGCCCUUCAAACAAGAGCCCAACAUCUAAGCAAUAAGAUUUCUGAUGCGAUAUCAAAAUGUGUUUAAACUAAAGCCCGCCUGAUACAUCAGAGAUAUGAGAACGCUUGACCCGACCCUGUACUGACAGUUACUAAGUCGAAACUGGAUGUGACGUCAUCGCGUGCUAAACCCGACGUGACGUCAGCGCGUGCGAAACUCGAUAUGACGUCAUCGCGUGCUAAAUCUUACGUGACGUCAGCACGUGCGAAACUCGAUAUGACGUCAUCGCGUGCGAAACUAGCGAACCGUAGUGACUAUAGAAUUCCUUGCCAAAUUCAAUGAAAUAUUUCUUUUUAAGUGAAACGACAAUCGACAAACUUUGUCGGACGUAAAGACUCCCUCUAAUAGCAUUUAGCAUAGACCGAAAUGUAAAUGUCGUUUCUUUGCCUCAGUUCUAUCAAAAUUAAAUUUCAUUUUAAAAAAAUAUAUAAUAUUUAUUUAAGUAAUUUAAAACGAUAUUUUUGAGGUUAAAUCUUUAUUAACCUAAAAUAAAGCCGUUUCAUGGUAAACCACAAAAAUAUUUAAAAUUAAAUGAAAGAAUCAUUAUAUGUAUUUUUUUACAAUUAAUAAAUGUUAAUUGUGAAACUGAUUUUUCUAACGCCAAAGUUAUAAUUAAAGUUUAUAAAAACAAUUUGAGUAGGUUUACAAAUUGAAAUAAAUAUUUUAUUCGAAUUCGAAUUUGAAGACAUGAAAAACUAUAUAACAUAGUAAUAAAGAUGGUGCUUAUUUUACUCCCCUAUUCGCGAGUAGCCUUGAGGAGAUAUUCUGAGUUUAUUGGAGGCAAGCUCACUGGCACUAUCUGAAAGGGUUUUUCUAACAACUGCCCUUGCAAGAGCAGUGCUUCGCUUAGUCCACCAGAUCCUGACCCACUGAGAAGAACCGGUGAUAAACUCAGUGGGUUAAAUGAUGAUGCGGAACUGUAUUCGAGUUGCUAGUGGUAGGACGUGGUGGUAGCUGUUGUUGCAAUAUCUAAUCUAUGAGCUCCGAGAACAGUUCGGCAAAACAAGGAAACACCAUUGCAAUAUUAGAAUAUUUUCCAAGACUGAAUAUCGUAGACCGGUACUAUUGUGAUUUCGGUUCUAUUAUUGUUUUUAACCCUUUUAGUGCUGAGCUUAUUUUCACAUAUUUUGCAGUCAUGCUAAAUUCACAGUAAAAUUAAUUGCUAAAUGUUAUUUAUUUAUUUCAUUUACUAUUUUGCAUCCAUAUUACAUUCAUUAACAAUUAACAUUUCAUAUAAAAUUACAAAAUUAAAUAAAAACAAAUGAACUUAUAAAAAACGUUAUACAUGCGUGCGCUAAGGCACGUCCGUACAGGUCUAUAUUUAAUACCUAAAAUCAAACUGCGCAAUAGUCGGUAUUCCGACGAUCCGCAUUUUAUACACAUUAAUAGAAAGUCGAUUUAUCGACGGUUCGCGCUUUAAGGGCUAAAAUCGGGUGCUCGUUACAACUGGUCACUUGACAUGUUGUAUCCUUGUAACACAUAUAUUCAAAUAAACUGUGUGCUUAGUGAGAGUUUUUAACUUCUCGAUCGCGUAAAAGUUAACUCAAAUUUGUAUGGAGUUGGAACAGCUCCCUACGUUUGCCGCUAGGGGCGCUGUUCCAACUCCAUACAAAUUUGACACUGAUGUACAAAAUGAAUUUGAGGCCUUACGUAACCCGCGUGCUGUGUUAGGGCUUGUCAACUAAGUUAAGUAAUAUUAUAUUCAUAUAAAAAACGUGUAAACCAGCCAUUUUCGAAAUAUUUAUACAAAAUCUAGUUUAGUUAUAGUUAGCGAACAUUGCAGUAAUUGGGCUGUGUGAGAGAACAUAUUUUUAGAAUGAUAUCAUAUCAAUAAUUAUAUUGGAUUUUUAUUCUUAUUAUUAUAAAUAUACAAAUUUGUAUUUAAGAUUUUUUUAAAUGUGUAUUUGCAGAUUUUAUCUGUUAUCCUUUGAGCCAAAUCAAUAUAAAUUACUAGUUAUAACUAUUGACUGUUAUUGGUGAUUGUGUUAUGACCAACUGUUUGAAAAGUCGCCGGUUGAAGAGUUUAUUUAAAAAAAUAGGGGAAUGUUUUUUUUUUCGUUUAUAUUUUGAAUGUUUGUUCAAAAUAUGAAAGUUUAAUAUUUUUAGGAGGGCGUUUACAAAACGGUUGGCUAAUAGUUUCGUAUUGUUUGUUACCACGUUGGAAAAGUAGGUGAUGGUAUAUUGUAUUUAGGGUUAUAUACGAAUGGCGUGUGAAGGUAUAUCCGUUAGAUACAAUGCUUCAAAGAUUGUAAAUAUCGUUCAUUAGAUUGUCCAAUUUAACGUAGACUGCGUAUUCUAUUAGAUUAUUAUUUUAAUUUUAGUUGUUUUUAUUCGUGAAAUAAUGCUCAAUGUACUUUUCUGUUGGUCGGUUGAUGUUCGAUGGUUAAAAUUAUUGGUGAAUGUUACGUAAUUUGUUAUUAUAUUACGAAGAGUUUUUAAAGGGUUUUCUCUAAAAGUAUAUUACGUACGGUGCCUUAUAGUCUAAUAAUGGUGUAUUGUUGAAAAUGUACAUACUAUGUUAUGAUUUGUAGUAGAAAAUAUUUUAAUAAAUAACGUUACUGAA